AUGUAUUUGCCUGACGAUCUAAUCUUUGAGAUACUGUCAUGGCUUCCGCCGGAGACUCUUAUCCGCCUGAGGAUCGUCUGCAAGCUGUGGUACUCGACAAUCGGCGAUUCCAAAUUCAUAAGUAAGCAUCAAUCCAAUUUCCGGCGCAGCAAAAACAACAUCGGCCGCAUUGUAAUCCCCGGCAGGGAAUCAAUCAGGUUUGGUUUCAUUAAUAUACACGAGGCUUUGGCGUCACCUGAUGAACACAAUUUAAGUGCAAUCUUUGGAAAUUGGGAUGCUUUUGAAGGAGAAGAAGAAGUUUUACGUUGGGAUAUUCACGGUUUUUGCAAUGGCGUCUUUUGCUGUAGUAAAUCCGGAGUAUCCGAUCAUAAUCGUCGUCUGUUUGUAUGCAAUCCUUGCAUCCGGCGUUGGAUCUCGUUUCCAGACACUUAUAAUUCACCAGAUUAUUAUGUGCAUUACGGCGUCGGCUAUGAUUCAGAAAUAAAUGAUCACAAGAUUGUGAAGAUUAUCGGACAUGGUAGAUCUGCUCAAGUUUUUUCGUUAAAGUUGAAUUCAUGGAGAGAAAUAGAACCUCCGGCUCGAACUGCGAUGAUCUAUGGUGAGUCGAUUUAUAUGUCCGGAUUUAUCCACUGGCUUUGUGAGCCAUAUUCAUCGAGGAGAUAUGUAAUAUUGCUUUUCGACGUUGUAAAGGAAGUUUUUGGUGAGAUGGAAUUGGCAAUAGAGAGUGACCUGUGUAGCUCUAAUGUUGGCGCUCGGAUUGCCGAUGCCGAUGGUUUGCUUAGCGUCAUGACUUUGAAGACUAUACCGGACUUGGUCUGUGAGGUGUGGACGAUGAAUGAAUACGGAGGAGUUUGGAUUCAUCGGCUGAGACAACAGCCCCCUUGUCAUAAAAUGCUUGUGUCUAUAGUGAUAACUAUUGGAUGCAAGAUAUUUAUGUGCCUCAGCAAUUUUAUUCCUCUUGUAUUUAUCGACGGCGAACUACGGUAUUUGAAAAGGAAUGAUCUCAUAGGUACAUUGAUUGUGCUCGACCUUGAGACGCCAGAUCAUAUCUAUACUUGGGGUCGUCGACUACCUAAUUCUGGUGCUCUUGCAUAUCCCAUUGAACCUACUCUCCAACUUCUCGACUGUGUUGCCACUGAUGGAUAG